AUGCAAAACCACAACGGCCCCUGUUCCUUGCUGGCCAUCUGUAACGUCCUCCUCCUCCGCGGCUCCAUCCUUCUACCCGGCCCACCCACUCGCACCUCGAUCUCGUUCACCAGCCUGCUAUCCCUCCUGGCAGACUACCUCGUCCGCCAGAACCUGCAAGCCGACCAGCUCCAUGCAGCCCUCUCCACCAUCCCCACCACCCAGACCGGCCUCGACCUGAACCCGAGAUUCGGGUCGAUAGACGGCUUCAGGGCCCCCUCGCGAUCCUCAGCCGCCCAGGGCCUCGAUCUCUUCUCGGCUGUCGGGAUCCCUCUCGUCCAUGGAUGGAUCGCCGACUCGCAGGACUUCGAUACAUGGGACGUCGUCGUCGGAAAGUGUGGUGAUUACGAUAAGGCGGUCGAACUAGCGGUGACUGGCGAAGAGCUACUGGCCAAACAGCUCGAAAACCCUCACCUUGAACUCCGCCAGGAAGAGCAAAGCUUGCUAAGAGAGGCUCUCCUGCUCCGCAGGUUUCUCGACUCUACCUCGACCCAACUCAGCUACCCGGGUCUCUUCCAGCUUGCCAGCGGAAUAGCGCCCGAUUCGCUAGUCGCCCUACUGCGCAACUCGCAUCUCUCGGUCCUCUACCGCCGGCCGGUCCUACCGGUCCACCAGCGCCCACCGGCGGCCCGACCGGCCCCACCACUCCCCCCGCCGCCGGACCAGACUGAUCCGGACUACGACCACCAGACGGCCUUGGAGGUCCAUGCGCUCAGCCUGGAGCUCGCGGCGGCUGAAGAGCACGAAGGCCAGCCGGAUGGCGAUCAGGAGGGGCGCCAGGACGAUCCCCGGCUGCCUAAGCUCUUCACCCUCGCCACCGACCUGGCCUUCCUCCACGAGCCCCAGAUCGUCUGGGAGUCUCUCGAGGAUGUCGAAGGCGGGCUGAGUGAGUUCUACGACUGGAAACUGGCCCGCAGCUGUCUCAACACCCAUCGUGCGCCCACUCAGGCCGCUCAGUCGACCACCCACCCAUCCAGCCAAGCUCAGCCUUCGGACACGGAUACCGACUUGAGCCUAGCCCACCAGCUACAGGAGGAAGAGUACCAGCGCGUCCGCCGAGCCGAGCAGCGGUCUGGCCAUCAGCCUAACACACCGUCCGGGGGCGGCGUGCCCUCUUCUGCCCCUCCCCGCCGACCCGCUCAGCCUCAACCGCCUCAUCUAGUCACAGCUACUGUGCCGCUUUCUUCGACGAAGAAGAAAAAGAAAGACUGCGUGAUCGUCUAG